AUGUGGCACCUCUCGUCCCGACGGCCCCUAGCUACAGUCAUCGGGGCAGCGCCGGCGGAGUUUCUGCAGAAAAGCAGCCGCAAAGCUAUUAGAGGCCUUGACCUGAACAAGAGGGAGCCGCAGGCCUUGAACUUGUCCUAUGGGGCAUUGCGGGAAGCUCUGGCCAAGCAUGAGAAAUUCCUGGAGGAGAUGGCCAAGAAGGAUGGUGUGCCUGAGAAGGAAUUUCCUGAAGCUUCCGGAAAGUGCAAUGCUGAAGAUUGGCCUCCACAAAAGCGAUGGGGUGGAGAAGCACUGGAUAAGCAAAAAGAAAUGGGAAGAGGAGUUGGGACUGGAGGAGAUGAAGUCCAGACUGGCUGCAGGAACUUUGAAAUGGAGGAAGAAUCCAGAAGACCCCCGAUUCUACUUGCACAGGUCCAACGAAGCCCACAGACAAGACAAGUGGAAGACCAAAUGUCCCAGAUCAGUGCAGGAGAUGGCCAGAAGCAGCUGAAGGAACAGAACUGGCCAAGCAGUUGGCUUCAGUGGAAGCAGCUCCGUACAGCACUUGGUCAGAUGCACAAGCGCAAGGAUUUGGUGAAGAAGGUGCAAGCUUCCCAGAAAGCUGGCCGUCCUGCUGGCUUGAAGGGUUUGAAAUCCAAGAAGCAGAUGACAGUCAAGGCCGUGAAGGAUUGA